AUGUUUGCAAUUUUGAGUCUUUUGUUGUGCUUUCCGUUUUUAUCUAUUCAAAAUCCGCACUUGCAAAGCGAUGCAGUCUUAAAUAUUAAUCCUAAGUUUCUUAAUCUCUACCUGGACCACGAAGAUGUCCUUGCAGAAUUUUAUUUCUCACCAUGCAAUUCUUGUACCAAAAUGAGUUCUCUUUUGGAUUAUUUGAUGGUAGAAAUUGAUCUUACCUCUCUACUAACCAUUGUUUCAAUUGAUUGCAGAAAAUAUUCAAAAUAUUGCCUACAAUAUCAAAUAAAACACUAUCCAGAAUGGGUUCUCUUUGAAAAGAACGGAGUAUUCACUCACUUAAAUAAUUCAGAAAAUCUAAUUCAAUCCCUUACAAAAUACAAUAUUUCAAAAAACAAUAUUCCGUUGGCAAGACAAAUGCUGAAUGAUACUUUUAAGGACUCGGAAAUCGAGAAUGUCUGCGAACCUGGAAAGGUUUUGAAGUUAAAUUCAAAGAACUUUUACCCUCUUAUAAGGAAUGGAACCUUUUUUGUUAAAUUGUAUUCACCAAACUGUGUAUCUUGCGCCGUUUUAUUUACAAUUUGGAAAGAGCUUGCUGCAGAACUUGCAAAUGAAACUAAAGUUUGCAUUGCGGAAUAUGAUUGUACAACUGGGAUGCAAAUUUGCAAGGACCAGCAAACGACUCGAGUUCCCGCGUUGAUAUGGUUUGAAAAUGGACAACAAAGAGAAAAGUACACAGGAAAUAAAAACAGAAAAGAUUUAAAAAAUUAUGUGUCUAAAAUGACUUUGUCCAAAAAUUCUCAGUCUUCUGUUCAUCAAAAACGAAUAGUACAAUUCGUUAUUUUAACUCAGAUAUUUUAUUUAAUUGAACGAAUUUUGAUAGUUUUUAUCCCAACAAAUUAUAGUUUUAAUUAAAAAAUGUAUUUAAAAAA